AUGCUCUUCCCAUUACUCUCUAAAUUAGCAGCAGUCAUAGUUGUUGCCCUUGUCAUACAUAUGAUUGAAGCCGUCUAUGGUUCUAGUGCUGAGUCAGACCAUCUUGCAUUACUGGAAAUCAAGUCAAAGAUUACACAUGACCCUCAAGGUGCUUUGACAUCUUGGAAUGAUUCCCUUCCUUUUUGCCAGUGGAGAGGAGUGACAUGCGGUCGGCGCCACCAACGGGUCACAAUGUUGAAGCUGCGAGGCUUGGGUUUAGUAGGCUCUUUAUCUCCUUAUAUUGGUAACAUGAGCUUUCUCGGCUACAUUAACCUUGGCAGCAACCAACUUCAUGGAAGUAUCCCACCCGAGAUAGGUCGUUUAUACCGGCUACGGUCAGUAUCCCUUUUCAACAAUUCAUUCACUGGUGAAAUCCCAGCCAACAUAUCAAGCUUCCCAAAACUUACAUAUCUUGACUUACAAUUUAAUAAGCUAUCUGGCAAAAUUCCAAAUGCUUUUAGUUCUAAGUCGAGGAUAAUUGAGUUAGCCUUAGACACAAAUCACCUCACCGGUGGGAUUCCACCAUCGGUAGGCAAUCUCACAUUUCUUGAGAUACUCGGUCUAACUGAAAAUCAGCUAGAAGGGAGCAUUCCUGAUUCCUUUAAUCAACUAAAGAACUUGCGAAUAAUAGAUCUGGGAGUGAAUGGCCUCGUUGGUGCCUUCCCUUCGUUUAUGUUUAACCUUUCCAUGUUAGAAAUUCUAAGUUUCUCAGAAAAUCAGCUUCAAGGCACUCUACCCUCCAACUUAUGUUUGAGUCAGCCCCAUCUCACGUGGAUAGGAUUUGGGUCUAAUCACUUCAAUGGAUUCCUUCCACUGUCAAUAUCAAAUUGUUCACAGUUGGAAGUCCUUACUUUGCCUAAUAAUUAUUUGAAGGGCGAAAUAGCUGUUGAUUUUGGAAGACUACAACAUCUUAAUAAACUAUCUCUUGCUGCCAACAAGUUUGGAAGCAAGGAUCGCGAUGACAUGAAUUUCUUUUCUUCUUUAUCCAACUGUAGCAAUUUGGAAAUUCUGGACCUUUUCAGUAACCAAUUAGGAGGGGUGCUACCAAAUUCACUGGGGAAUUUUGUUGGAGGCCCGAGACAUCAGUAUCAUUUGCAUAUGUAUUUGGAUUUGCAGCGGAAUUGA